AUGAAGGACCCAGUAUUAUAUCCGCAUUUUGAAAUCCUAAGAAAGCCGUCAAGAAAAAUAAACUUCAACAAUUCGAGCAUAGAGAGGUUGAAAUUAAGAACAAGAAGAAAGGUUGAAAUUGAGAUAGACAAGAGAAAUCCAAGAAUUUUCAAUUUCGGGUUAGUAUUUCAUACUCGUUCUGCCCAAUUCCGUACCUCAAUUAAGAAAAAGAGGAAAGUUGAAAUUGAG